AUGGCGCCACGCUCGCCGCUCGCAGCUCCCCUCCUCGGUGCAUCUGAAGGUCAGCUCAGUGGAAUCGGGUUCACAGCGGCGGUGCUCAGCCUCGUCAAGGGCUGCAUCGGCGCCGGGGUCAUGGCUCUGCCGUGGGCGACGAUCCAGGGCGGUGCGGCGUCGGCGCCGGCGCUGAUCCUGCUCGGCGCGUGGAAUGGGUACACCGGCUGGCUGCUGCUCGACUGCGACGCACCCGGCUCGUACUCGGACCUCGUGCGCCUCGCGCUGGGUCGCGGCGGCGUCGUUCUCCUCGAGGGCUCGCUGCUGGUCGUCCUGUUUGGCGUGUGCGUCUCCUUCCAGGUGCAGGCGGCGACGCUGCUCUCGAGCCUGCCCUCCCUGGGCCGGCUCGCCUCACACGACGUGUACGCCCUGACCACCGGCGCCGCCCUCCUGCCGCUCGUCCUCCAACGCUCCUUCUCCGGCAUCGCCGCCAUCUCGAUUGCCGCGCUCGCCGUGCUCUGCCUCGGCCUCACCGCCGUCGGCCUGUGGGGCCUGUGGGCGGAGGGCGCGCCGACGCUGCCGCCGCAGCUGCUCGAGCCUCCUACCGCGCACGGGUUCGCCGACUUCCUCGGCGUCGCCGCCUUCUCCUUCGGCGGCCAGGUCUUUGUCCUGCCCGUGCGGGACGCGAUGGCCAGGCCGCGGCUGGCCGCCACCGCCGUCGGCGUGUCCACGGCCGCCAUCCUGGCGGUGUACGCGGCGGUGGGCGCGGGCGGCGCGUCCCUCUUCUGGCGGGCGGGCGUGAAGCAGCUCGUCCUGCUCAACAUCGAGCCAGGCUCGCUGCUCACCGGCAUCCUCGGCUGCCUCGCCAACCUGUCGGCGCUGCUCCUCCCGCCCCUCAUCCACCUCCGCCUCCGGGGACGCAGGCCGGCGAGCGCGGCUCGGCCGGCGGCCGUCCGCACCGCCCUCGCCGCCACAGACGCGCUGCUGCUGCUGGCGGGCUUCGCCUCCUGCGCCGGCCCCGCCCUGCUCAUCGUGCAGCAGCUGGCGAGGCGCGCGGGCGAGGAGGGGCCGGAGGGCCUGCCGCCCGCCCUCGGCGAGUCGUUGGCCGUCAAGUAG